UCAGCAGCUAAAAUUGACUUCAAACUUCCUUCCCUGACAAAUACACUUUAUUACCAAAUGUAUUGGGACACCCUCCAAAUCACUGGAUUCAGGUGUUCCAAUCACUUCCAUGACCACUAGGCAUGCAGACUGCUUCUACAAACAUUUGUGAAAGAAUGGGUCGCUCUCAGGAGCUCAGUAAAUUCAAAUGUGGUACCGUGACAGGUUGCCUCCUGUGCGAUAAAUCCAUCCAUGAAAUUUCCUUGCUACUAAAUAUUCCACGGUCAACUGUUAGUGCUAUUAUAACAAAGUGGAAGCAACUGGGAACAACAACUCAGCCCACAAAGUGGUAGACCACAUAAAAUAAUAGAGCAGAGUCAGCGCAUGCUGAAGCGCACAGUGCGCAGAAUUCGCCAACUGUCUGCAGAGUCAAUAGCUAAGGACCUCCAAACUUCAUGUGGCCUUCAGAUUAGCACAACAUCAGUGCAUAGAGAGCUUCAUGGAAUGGGUUUCCAUGACCAAGCAGCUAUAUCCAAGCCUUACAUCUCCAAAUGCAAUGCAAAGCGUCGGAUGCAGAGGUGCAAAGCACGCCACCACUGGACUCUAGAGCAGUGGAGAUGUGUUCUCUGGGGUAACAAAUCACGCCUCUCUGUCUGGCAAUCUGAUAGACGUGUCUGGGUUUGGCAGUUGCCAGGAGAACGGUACUUGCCUGACUGCUGUGUGCCAAGUGCAUAGUUUGGUAGACGGGGGAUUAUGGUAUGGGAUUGUUUUUUUUAGGGGUUGGGCUUGGCCCCUUAGCUGC